CAACAACCAAUUUCCAAAUCAAUAAUUAUUGCACCCAUCUAAUUUCAAUUCCCUUUUUCUUUCUUGCAAUAAAAAGUCGCCUUUCCCCUUCGUUCAAUCUUCUGUGAUCUUAUUCAAAUUGUUUGUUUGGAUUAAGCAGUGGAAAUGUUGAUCUAUUGAGCGAAAUGGGAUCAAAACAGGAACAAUUUUAUACGGUGAUUCAUAUGAUGGCGCCUUUUUAAAGCAAAUCCGGAAGAAAAAAGAGAGACCCAAAAGCGAAAUGGGUUCGUUGAACUGAUUCUCGCACCACCCAACCAUUGAUCGCCACACCAUAACCCACACAUUUCGCUUCUUCCGCUUUGUUUUUUUUUCCUUCUUUUCCAAAAGGAAGUCAUAAUUUCAGUCGGUCGUCUUCUCAGUGAGUCAGUGACUGUGGUGGGUACUCCAGAUUUGUUCCGAUUGGCGGUUCGAUGAAGAAGUAGAGACCCAGAAAACAGAGAGAGCAGGCGAAGGAAGCAAAUGGGUUUGAUCAGUAAUCGAGUGGAGAGAAGCCAAAUCAAACCAGGCGAUCAUAUUUACACUUAUAGAGCUGUUUUCGCCUAUUCCCAUCAUGGCAUCUUUGUUGGGGGAAGCAAGGUUGUGCAUUUUAGACCACAAAGAACCUUAAAUUCAAACACUGACAUACCUCCUGAUUUCUAUGGUUCAAGUUCAAGCAAUCCAUCAUCCUGUCCGGUUUUCCCUGACUGUGGAUUCAAACAGCUGAACAGCGGGGUAGUCCUUUCAUGUCUGGACUGCUUCCUAAGAAAUGGAUCCCUUUACUGCUUUGAUUAUGGGGUCACCCCAUCAGUUUUCCUUUCCAGGGUUAGGGGUGGCACUUGCACCACUGCUACAUCCGACUCGUUCGAUGUCGUUAUUCACCGAGCAAUGUAUCUUCUUCAAAAUGGAUUCGGAAACUACAAUGUUUUCCAAAACAACUGUGAGGAUUUUGCUUUAUAUUGCAAAACAGGCCUUCUGAUUGUAGACAGGCUUGGAGUUGGAAGAAGUGGUCAAGCUUCUUCUGUCAUUGGUGCUCCCUUGGCUGCCAUUCUUUCCUCUCCUUUGAAGCUGCUUAUGCCAAGUCCUGUUGGCAUGGCUGUGAUGACUGCUGGAAUGUACACCAUGAGUCGAUAUGCCACCGACAUUGGCGUUCGAACUGAUGUGAUUAAGGUGGCUGUCGAGGACUUGCCUCUUUUUCUCGAGUCAAUGGGCAGCGAAGAGGAAGACGAAGACGAAGACGAAGACGAAGACGACGAAGAACAAGAACAAACUACCACCAAGAAAAAUGAAGAUUCGAAAAUGCUUGUGGCCAGGUGAUUUCAACUCCUUUUCGUGUUCCAGGGAGCUGCUUCGUAUAGAUUUGAUCCUCGACUCGAAAUUGCUCGGGCUUCUUUCCUUCUUAUAGGUAUGUUAUUUGGUUGCACACUGUUACUUUAACCUGAAUGAACUAGCCUGAUCAUGAAUAUUAAGUAGUCAGCUAUAUCACUGUCAGGAUGUCACAGACUCACAACCAAUAUAUGUCUGUCUCCAUUAGACUUGGAUGGUUUA